AAGGAUUUAAAUCAAACAGGAAGAAAUAAUAAAAACCGUUGGUUUAAACGCCUAGUGAUUGUCUCGAGCUUUGCAUUUUAGAAAAAAGCCGCACAACAAAAGGAAAUGCUUAAAAUAUUGAUGGGGGCGGAGAAGCAUAUAUGACAGCAGAUCCAAGGCCUUUAUUUUAGAAGUUCGAGCAAAGACUGCUACUCUGUCAAGAGCAAAACAAGCGACGUUCUUUCACCAAUGUCUAAGCCAAGGUUGGGGGGUAAGGUUGCACUGAUAACUGGUGCAGCAAGCGGUAUAGGAGAACAAGCAGUGAGAUUAUUCGUCGAAAAUGGAGCCUUUGUAAUAGCAGCUGAUGUUCAAGACGACUUAGGUCAAGAAGUGGUGGAAUCAGUGGGUACAGACAAAGCUACUUAUCGCCACUGCGAUGUAAGAGACGAGAAGCAAGUAGAAGAAACAGUGAACUACGCUGUCGAAAAAUACGGGAAGCUUGAUGUCCUUUUCAGUAACGCCGGAAUUCUAGGUCCCCUGACAGGAAUCCUGGAACUCGACCUUUCAGGUUUUGACAACACCAUGGCUACAAACGUACGUGGGGUCGCGGCUACAAUCAAACACGCUGCCCGGGCAAUGGUGGCGAAGAACAUUCGUGGAUCUAUUAUAUGCACUGCAAGCGUAGCAUCUUCUGUUGGUGGAACUGGACCGCAUGCCUACACUGUAUCAAAGCAUGCUAUUCUUGGUUUGGUAAGAACAGCUUGCUGUGAGCUAGGAAAUUAUGGGAUUAGAGUGAACUGCAUAUCUCCAUUUGGAGUUGCGACGCCGCUUACUUGUAAUGCGUACAAUAUGAAACCAAGUGAAGUCGAAGCUAAUUGUUCCAAUUUGGGAAACCUGAAAGGAAUUGCGUUGAAGGCGAAGAAUGUAGCAGAGACAGCUUUGUUUUUGGCUUCUGAUGAAUCGGCUUAUAUCAGUGGACAUAACUUGGUUAUUGAUGGAGGAUAUACGGUGGUUAAAGCUGGUUGAUUAAUCAGAGGCUUAUUUGAUCGUGGGGAGUAAAUUGAAUUAAAUGAUUAUUAUAUAAUGUUCUGUUUUCAAGUCAAACCUUGUUAUCAGCACCUGCCAUGUGCAAUUCCCUUGUAUUCUGGGUUGCUAUCCAUAACUUUUUCCUUUUCUUCUUUCUUUUGCCGGCCUAUUUUUGUUAGAUCUUUAUCUUACAGAGGUGAUUUUAUAGUUCAUAACAAAAAAGUGUUAUUUUAUAAAAUAAAAAGUUUUAAUA